AUGGAUUGGGUCUUGGCGAUCUGGAGUCUUGCGGGUCUUGCACUGGUUGCAUGCGGCUCCACCGUUCCAGACUCUCCUGAGCAUGUGCUGGGUGCUGAAGAGCUGGACGUGGACGAGCAUGUCACUGUGAGAUGGAGCCAUUUCGUCGGUGCUGACAAAGGCUGGUACUCGUGGGGUUAUGUUCGUGACAGCUCAGGCAAUUUUCUAGAUUCGAUCACCGGCAACACGAAGGCCACUGGUGUGUUCGCCUGGCAGGUUCCUGCGAGACUCUGUGGCAAGAAGAUUCAAGUGGAAAUGUGCAGCGGCAGUCCUCCACGGAAGACAAAGCAUGCUUGCCACCGGUCGAAGGGUUAUCUGGUCAAAGGUGACUGCCCGGAGGAUGUCUCGAGCGUAAGGAGCGUUGAAGGCACCACCACGACGACCACCUUGGCGGACAUUCGCGAAUUGGGCCCGUUGUCACUGCAUUCCAGAUCUCGACGUUGGACUCAGGCUUCCGGCAGCAGCCAAAGCAUGAUCACUGACACCGAAAGAGCAUCCGAUGCCUCAGUGACUUCGGUGGCCCUAGUUGUCGUGUGGUUGGGCAGGUUGCCUCCCUUCGUGGGUGCUUUUGCAGAGACUGCUCGGCGUAGUGGAGCCACAUUCUUCAUUUUCCAUACACAUGAAGAAGAAUCUCCCGUGCAUGCUGACAACGUUCACUUUGAGCACUUGACCUUGAAAAGCUUGGCAACCAGACUUUGGAAGACUGACGUAAUUCAAAAUGUCUUCAGUACCAUGUCCUUUGAGUCUUUCGAAGGUCGCGUGGCAGAAUGCUAUGCGGAUGACAAUCCAGCAAAAGGCAACGACCUAAAACCUCUAUAUGGAGCUUUGUUUCGGGAGGAACUAAGCAACUACACACAUUGGGGCUGGACAGAUCUUGACAUGAUUUGGGGAAGGCUCGACCUCUUCGUGACAAAGGAUUUGUUGACAACAUACGAUGUGAUUUCUUUCCCGGACGGUGCCAGGCCGGCCUUGUACCUUUCAGGACAGCUCACGAUCUUUCAAAACACGCCCAUCUGGCGCCACUUCGUGGACGGUUGCCUGGAGGGUCCCGGCCACGUGAACUACGGGGGGUGCUAUGCGGAGGGGCUCUUGUCAGAAGCGAAUCUUUUCUUCGAUGAGAAGCUUGCGAUCUGGUUUGCAGCACUGAGACGUGCACGCAUUUGGGUGGAUUUCAGUCUGUUGCUGAUAGAGCCCAGGUGGUCGCGGUUGUCUGGCCGUGGUGUGCAGAAGCUGUCUCGCCAGCACUCGGAAGGGCGCCUGCUGGUGCAUGGGAGUCAGAGUUUGCCUUUCGUGGAUGUUGAGCGACGGAACAUGGAAGUGCACAAACUGCAGAACUCAUCAGACUGCUACACAGAGUUUGGACUCGGAUGGAGCUUUGUCUGUGUUCCGACCGAGGGGAACGAUGCCUUCGGCAUUGCGUAUGAAAUUGCUGGUCAAAGGUUGCUACUGUGGCCGUCGUUGCCUCGCCUGGUAGAUGGCGGAGUGGAGUUUGCAGCGUGGCACUUGCACCGGAGUAAACAACGCCUUCACUGGGAGUCCCAGUGCCAAACGGUGACAUGCCACAGAGAACGCCAAUCUGCAAACAUCAGCUGUGAAUGCGGCUCUUCUGGGUCGGAGGGAGCUACUUGGAAUCUCCCGAUUCCGAACAUUGUCCAUUUCGUGCUCACCGACCGAAACACCCGAUUCUUUGACUGGCCCUGCUAUGCAGCCAUCCGAAGUGCUUGGGAAACGCUCCAGCCUGAACAGUUGCUUGUUCACGUUUUGGAUGGAGUGGAACCCGGCACUUUUGAUGACUGGUGGCAGGCUGCCAGGGCAUUCAUUACUGCAGUCGUUCCAUUUUCACGCUCGGCCGUGCCGUCUUCACUGAAUGGACUUCGGCUCAGCCAUCCUGCAUUCAUAGCUGAUUUCUGGCGCAUUCAAAUCCUGCACGAUUGGGGUGGCAUAUAUAUGGAUACAGAUGCGUUGUCCUUGCGUGAGUUUGAGGACUUGCGAGGAUGGAGGGCUGUUCUGGCAAGACAGGGCGGAGUGGAGCUGCGUGCUACCGUGGGAUUGAUGAUGUUUGAGAAGCACUCCCCGGUGCUGCUGCCCCUGCUUGAUCGAAUGAGGAAAGCUUACACCGGAUCCUGGGGAGUACAUGCUGGGCAUGGGACUUAG